AUGUCUCUUGCUCACGAUGCUGAUCCCUCAAUCAAGGAUCUGGUCGAGGAGAACAUCCAGCGUGCUCCCUUGAAAGGGUUCGACAAUUUGCUGCCUCGCCAGACAGGCGCUGGUGCCGCCCAUGACACAGAAGUCAGCUUGAUUGCUCACUAG